AUGAGUCAAUAUAAGAAAUCAGAAAAAUCGUAUAAAUCUAUCAAAUAUGCCAAUCCAGAACCAGGCGAAGAAGUUGUUAUUUCCGGAUUUGCUGGGAGAUUUCCGGAAUCCAAUAACAUGGAAGAAUUGAAAGAUAAUCUUUAUAACUGCAAAGAUUGCAUCACCGAAAACUGUCGUUGGAAACUAGGAGCCAGUGGAAUUUCUUCCAUUGCUAAGGUGAUUAUAUCGAUGGAAUCAGGCCUAAUACCACCAAAUAUUAACUUUAAUAUACCACGCAAAGACGUGCAAGCGCUUACAGAAGGACGAAUAGAAGUUGUUACCCAACCAACUCUGUUAGAUGGUGAAUACAUAGCCAUUAAUUCCUUUGGUUUCGGCGGUACUAAUGCACAUGUUUUACUCAGAUCAAACUCAAAAAUAAAGCACAAUAUUGGAUUGCCAAAUGAUGAUUUGCCUAGACUCGUUGCUGUCUCAGGACGUACCGCAGAAGCAGUAGAGAUUAUAUUAAAUGAGAUCGAUAACAGACCGCUAGAUGUCGAAUUUAUUCGCCUUCUUCAUGAUAUUCAUCACAAGGCAAUACCAGGUCAUUUAUAUCGAGGAUUCACGAUAACUGAUCUUAAACCAUCCGACACCAAAGUAAGGGAGAUUGAAUGCUUUUCUGGUACUAAGAAGCCAAUAUGUUUCGUAUUUUCUGGAAUGGACUCGCAGUGGCUCGAAAUGGGCCAAGCUCUGAUGAGGUUACCUGUAUUUGCAAAAUCAAUAGAAAAAUGCAACUCCGUGCUAAACCCACGUAAACUGAACAUAUAUGAGAUAUUAACAGGAAAGGAUUAUAACAUGUUAGAGAACAUCUUGCACUCGUCCGUCGGUAUAGCCGCGGUUCAGAUCGGCUUCGUAGACCUUUUAACGUCAAUGGGAGUACUAGCAGAUUACAUAAUCGGAUAUUCUGUGGGUGAACUUGGAUGCGCAUAUGCAGACGGAACUUUCACAGCGGAGGAAACGAUAUUGGUAGCCUAUUCGCAAGGAAUAUCCGUAAUACAAGCAAAAAUACCUCAUUUUUCUGUGGCUUUGGUUGGGCUUGGUUAUAAACAUCUAGAGGAUAUGUGUCCUGAUGACAUCGACGUUGUAUGUCACAACGGACCCCAUAGUUCAACGAUUACCGGACCAGCCGAAUCUAUGAAAGUGUUUAUUAAAAAAUUACGGACAACGAAAAUUGAUGUGAAAAUAUUAUCGGAAAAAAGAAUACCAUAUCAUAGCCGUUACAUCGCUACAGUAAAAGUCAUUCUUUUGGCAAAUUUAAAAAAAGUGAUACCAGAAAGAAAACCUCGAAGUCGUAAAUGGUUGAGUACAUCAGUAUCAUGCAACGAAUGGUCGACUUCAAAUGCACAAUAUUCAUCGGCUGAGUAUUUUACGUACAAUUUAUUGAAACCUGUACUUUUCGAGGAAACCUCGGCUUUUAUACCUAAUAAUGCCGUUAUCAUUGAAAUUGCGCCGCAUAUUCAACUACAAGAUAUUUGUGGCCUAUCAUUGCAAACAAUGGUAACGAAUAAUACAUUAAAUCUGCCAGAUCUCAAAGAUAACAUGAAGAUUUUUCUGCAAGGAUUAGGAAAACUAUAUAAUGCCGGCUUACAGUUUGACCUUUCUAAAUUGCAUCCCUUUGUAACAUAUCCGGUCAGUCGUGGUACUCCAAUGAUAUCCCCACUCAUUAGGUGGGAACAUUCGUAUGAUUGGUUCAUAACAAAUUUCAAAAUGCACGAGAAGUUUAUGUCCGGAGAAAGAAUGGUGGAAAUAAACAUAGCAGAUAAAAAUUUUCAGUACAUAAAAGGUCAUUUGAUUGAUGGCAGAAAUUUGUUUCCUGCAACAGGUUAUUUAUAUUUGGUAUGGGAAACAUUGGGAAUGACGGUGAGACAGUUGCAUACAGAAACGUCCGUUGUCAUGGAAAAUGUAAUUUUUAAUCGAGCUAUCACCGUUCCCAAACAGGGAAAAGUCCGAAUGAUUGUCAUGAUUCAGAAAGGUAGCGGUAAAUUCGAAGUUGUCGAAGGAGGUACUGCCAUUGUUACCGGAAUCAUACGUCUUGUAACGAACUUAUCGAAGGAGAAAGUACCUCUUGAUGUGAUUAAUAGAAACUUUGACGCUGACAACGAAGAAGAAGAAUUAGAAGAGAAAGACAUCUAUAAAGAGUUAAAGUUAAGAGGAUAUCAAUAUAACGGUCCCUUCCGAAGCAUUCGCAGUGCGUCUGUUUCGAGAAGGAAAGGGCAUAUCGAAUGGAAAAACAACUGGGUAGCGUUCAUUGAUAAUAUAUUACAGAUGAAAGCCUUUAAUUUACAUACUAGAGAUUUAUUUGUGACGAUCGGAAUUCAAAAAUUAGUAAUAGAUACUAAUGCUCAUCAACAAUAUCUUCAAAGUGUGACCUGUACUAAAAAAUGUAAAAACAGUUACCAUUAA